AUGGACGAGGAGAUCAGUCGGCGCAGUCGCCAUUCGCCGGAACGCGUUCGUGGUUCACGCGUGUCGCGGACGCGUCAAAGCCCCGAACGCUUGCGAUCGCCACCGGCGAAAAGGAGAAGACGCUAUCGGACGCAAGCUGGAUCGUCUGCCCUAGAAGAAGCAAUAGCAUCCGCAUUCAUUCCUACGCAAAAUCAAUUCCCAUCUGACUACGAGGGGGAGCCUCGGUCUGAAGAACAAUUCGCAGGACUACUCCUUAGCUCGACCAAGUCACCUUUGAGCACAUUUACGGUCCACCAGCAGGAUUUGAUCAUCAAUCUAAUCCAGGAACGCGCAAGAGACACCGAGGGCAGUACUAGCAGGCUCGAAAAACGCCUCGACAAGGCAUACGCGACGUUGGAGUGGUGGGAGACAGUUGGGUGCGAGUUCUGCUUUGUCAUGAACGGGAACACGCAGCCGGGUCACGCAAUGGAACAAUGUGAUCGCUGGCACGGCUGUGACAAAGCAAGGUCGAUUCUCAAAUGGCUGGAGAGCCUCAGUAUCCCCAAGUUCUUGGGGGACCCUGGAUCCUGCAGUAUGUGCAUGCAUACGUGGUUCCCGUGCCGAGAUAUUUGCCUGUCCCAGAGCAUCCAUGAUGCAAGGUCCAAACAGGACAAGGCAAGACUGGUGAAGGAGCUUCAAUCGAAGCCGAGUUUCGAUGGCCACUGCAAGCGAAAACCAGUCAUGAGGAGGGUCAUUGCAGCUCUGUGCUCAUAUGACGACCAAUUCUUUGCCAAGAUGCUGGCCAAGUUAGCAUCAGAUAACGACAAGGUGGACCUGUUCCUAGAACGGAGCGCCCGAGCCUGGUUCGAGCAUCGAAUUCCCCACAAAGACAGCUGGAUACCGAGGCUCCUCUUCGUCUUCGAGGCACUGACAGUUGGCUUUUAUGUCCGAGAGAAUUAUCGGCUAGGAUUGCCACCGUUCGAUAACCUACCCCUGAACCCGCCUGGGGUUUGUCCGAGUAACGUAGCUCCAACCAGGCUUGAUGCACUUGGAUCAACUCCCAAUCGGCCUGAUGGAGACAUUGUGGUGAAGAGGUGGGCAGCGACCAUCGACUGGUGGUGGCAGAAAUGCAGCUUCUGCAUCGGGAACGGACGCAAGGGCGAAGGCGUCUUUCAUAACCUGCGCGAGUGCGUCCAUGGUGGUACCGAAGCGAUGGAAACCGAGUUUGGCAACGCCAUCUACGCAGAACGAAGAGCUCCCGACACCGCAUGUUACAACUGCUUCCUGCCCAGGCAGAUCUGUGGUAGAUGGUCGAACACUAGGCCUGGUGGUUGGAUUGAGAGGGAUUUCGAGUCAACUUGCCGAUAUGGAAAGCAUCUGCUCCGUGAUACAAUUAUCGGGCUCUACCAAUCCCAUGCUACGUCAUUCAUGGACGAUAUGCGGAAUGCAGCGGCGAAAUGGUACGAGAACCAGCAUAUAGCGCUAAGCCUGAGGGUUGAUGACGAGAUGGUGGUGGACUUUCUCCUUCAAGGUUUCACAGACCAAGGCAUCGGAGGCAUUGAGAUGAUGCGGCAGCUUGCGCUCUGGUCAAGGACGGUCUGGUAUCAUAAACAGGCUGAUGAACUCUUGCCUCCAGACGAUGAAGGUGGUCACCAGAGCCAGUUGUCCGAUACCGACACUGUCAACCUGCAUCCUUCAGCCCUGUCCCGGUCAAAUUGGCCUACGGGACUACGACACUGCGAAUCUGUGAGCCUGGCGGUGCGAUCAGCCCGAGCUAAAUGCUCUGUUCAAGAGGAACUGGACGGUUCAUUAAUCCAUCGGUAUCACAACCGUUUAUUGAACCCAUCAAGGUUGGCCGUGACUAUCAGCACAUGGUCGAAGCAAGAUAUAUCACUGUGGUGCGAGAGGAGACACUGGGAAUCUCCCAAUCCACACCGUUGGCGCGAGAAUUGGAGGGAUGAUCAGAGCGACCAUCUUGUCAAUGAGGACAAGGUCCAGAAACAACUAGAGCGAUGGUCUGUCCGAUGUCCGCUCUGCCUUCUUUACCGAGAUCCCGCCUGCGAUGACCAUCUCCUUUCAACAUGCCCCCGAGUCGAAGGGUCUCGGGCCCGCUCCAUCCGCGCCCGUCUCUGGGAGCGGAUAGUAGAGCUUCAGGCAAAUGGGAUACAGGGAUAUGGCCCGGUUCCUUGGUGCGGAGACUGUAGUUUGCCCCGGUCUUGCUGCCCAGCGUGGGCGAACCAAAGCACAACAGACAUAGCCUCCGAGUGGGAUGCGCCCCCGUGGGGAGGAGAUAAGUAUGCCUGUCAAUCUUCGCUCGCGCGAGGGUGGCAGAGGCAGGAUGGGAGCCGAUGCGAGUUCCGCGAAGUCGUUGUUAACACAGUCUCGGCCAUGUGUGCGUUCUCCCUUUCAGGUGUUCCUGGCACCGACACGCACACGUUCUGGGAUCAGAUUGAGGCCUGGCGUAACCAGAGCCAUAUCCGCUUUAACCAGCAUUGGGGGACAGAGGGAUGGCUCCUCUCUCCGAUGCCGUGGGGCAGCCAAGACGUCAUGGUCAUGUUGUGCGUCUUCUGUCGGUUGGAUGUGGUUGUGGAAGAUCUAUGGAUCGAGAAGGAAGUCGACCGGCGUCGAGCUGAAUUGAACCUCCCGAGCCCUGAAAUGGAUUAUAUCAUCAUGAAACAACAACCCCAACCUUAUCUUGAUCCCCGGAAGAGCAAAACGGUAGCGAAAAGAGAUGCCCCAGAUGAGGAGGCCAGGUCCUUACUGCGCUCCAACAUCCAAGAGGCACUGGAUGUGGCAGAGUACGAGGGAGAGCGCUCUUUUGGGUAUUGGGAGGACGCGGCUUACUUAUCCACCCUGGGAGCGCGUUUGCGAGCAUGGCGUAGGGGCGGAAUUCGCUGUCAACUAUGUUUGACGUACGAAUGGAGCGAGACUUGCUAUCUCCAUGAUAUGGAAGCGUGUACGUUGCGCAGCGAAUCCAAGUCCGCGAUGACGCUGCUACACAGGUGGUCAGGCCUUAGGGGGGCUGAGGAGGGGGAGGGAAAGCAGUGUUUGCGAUGUCGUUUCCCGAAUGUAGUAUGUCGCCCUAUUAACUAUGAGGAUGUCGGUGGCAAUAGGGGAAGCGCUGUGGGAGAGGGCAGUGUGAGCUGUUGCGGGGUAGAAACAUUGUGUCGGACAGUUGCAGCAUUGCUAACAGUAGCGGAUGGCGUACUAGGGGAUAUGGUUAUCCAGAAAGAAAUGGGCAAGGAAAGCUGGGAUAAAGACUAUGAUCGCUUAUCGCGGGAGUGGAUGGGGGAACAGAAUCCAAACUCUUCCUUGCUUCAGUCUUAA